GCGGCGACGCGGGAAGUCCGGAGCCCGGAGCGGAGCAGCCCGGGAGGAGGCUUGAGGCCCAGGCGCGGCGGCGAUGGCGGAGAGGCCCGAGGACUUGAACCUCCCCAACGCCGUCAUCACCAGGAUCAUCAAGGAGGCGCUCCCCGACGGCGUCAACAUCUCCAAGGAGGCCCGCAGCGCCAUCUCCCGCGCCGCCAGCGUCUUCGUGCUGUACGCCACGUCCUGCGCCAACAACUUCGCGAUGAAGGGGAAACGCAAGACACUGAAUGCCAGCGACGUCCUUUCGGCCAUGGAGGAGAUGGAGUUUCAGCGGUUCAUCGCACCGCUCAAGGAAGCCCUGGAAGCCUACAGGAGAGAGCAGAAGGGCAAGAAGGAAGCCUCUGAGCAGAAGAAGAAGGACAAGGACAAAAAAACUGAUUCAGAAGAGCAGGACAAGAGCCGGGAGGAAGACGAAGAUGAGGAGGAGCGGUUAGAGGAAGAGGAACAGAAUGAGGAGGAGGAAUUGGACAACUGACCAGGGUGUUCCCCCACCAACCUUGCACCUGGGGAGGUUUUAGAGCAUAGAACCCAUGGGUGAGACUUCGGAGCUGGCCAGAGGAACCAGAGAAAAUGGAAAUUCAAAUGCUGUUUAUACUGAAUCGUGUCCAGACCAGUGCCUCUAAGUAUAGAAUUCUGUUUGGUUUUGUGCGUCUGAAGGACAUACUGGCAACAGGGAUUCUGAGUAACUCAUUUUGAGUAGCCAAUUUGAAUCUUCCUGGUUUACUUGUAUAUAGAACUAGGCAGUUUCUGACCCAUAA